AACAAUUGCUCAUUUUCCUUCGAUCAAAACAAAAAAAAUGAAUCGCUUUUUCAAUUUAAAUCCAAAUGCAUCAAAUUCUAAUUUCUUAUCUUCCUCGUCUUCUACGAUCAUUUGAAUUUUGAUGUGAUGAUACACGCACGCACGUCUGGAAAUUUAAUUUGAAUGCAUAGCUGCUGGAUUGCGUCUCGCCUGCUUCGAUCGGUUCAGUGGUGAAGUUACAUUAAUUAUAUUAAAUCAAAGUUAUGGAGGAUAAUUGGUUGUGCCAAUGGUCCGUGAUUCGAUCCAUAUUGGCUAUCCUUCAAUGGUGGGGUUUCAAUGUGACUGUUAUCAUCAUGAACAAAUGGAUCUUCCAGAAACUGGACUUCAAGUUUCCAUUGUCGGUAUCGUGUAUACACUUUAUAUGCUCGUCAAUCGGCGCAUACUUGGUGAUUAAAGUAUUAAAACUUAAGCCUCUUAUACCUGUGGACUCUGAAGAUCUCUGGAGGAGGAUCUUCCCCAUGUCCCUUAUAUUUUGUCUCAACAUAGUUCUGGGAAAUGUGAGCCUGCGUUAUAUACCUGUUUCCUUCAUGCAAACUAUCAAGUCUUUCACUCCCGCGACAACUGUUGUGUUGCAAUGGCUGGUCUGGAAAAAACAGUUCGACUGGCGAAUUUGGGGCUCGUUGAUUCCUAUUGUUGGAGGGAUUCUUCUCACUUCUAUUACAGAGCUGAGUUUUAACUUGUCUGGAUUUUGUGCUGCUUUAUUCGGCUGCAUGGCUACAUCCACAAAAACAAUUCUUGCAGAGUCAUUGUUGCACGGGUAUAAAUUUGACAGCAUAAACACAGUGUUCUACAUGGCACCCUUUGCAACUAUGAUCUUGGCAAUUCCAGCCUUGUUACUCGAAGGGGCAGGGGUCGUCGUAUGGCUUUAUACAUAUCCAUCGCUCGGUUCGUCUCUAAUCAUCAUUUUCGGGUCUGGAGUAUUGGCCUUCUGUCUUAAUUUUUCAAUCUUCUAUGUGAUUCACUCCACCACUGCUGUUACCUUCAACGUAGCCGGAAAUCUUAAGGUUGCUGUGGCUGUGACAUGUUCUUGGCUCAUAUUCCGGAACCCGAUCUCCUUCAUGAACGCCGUUGGAUGUUCUAUAACACUUGUUGGAUGCACUUUCUACGGGUAUGUUCGCCAAAUGAUCUCGUCGCAACAAACAUCCGGAACGCGACAUCAGUCUCCGGACAAUAAAUCGGAGACUAUGCCGCUAACCGGAGAUAAAUUAGACAAAGUUUGAGCGAUUUUAGUCAACUAGAAAUAUGAAUUAUUUGUUACGCUUUUCUCCUUAAUGUAGAAGCUAGAAGGUAGUUUUUACAUGCUCCCAUGUUUUUGGUUUAUGAAUAAUUUUGUAUUUAAUUUUUUAAUAUAUACAAUGUGAAAUGCCCUAGUCAUUUAUGUUGUACAAUUAUGCACAUGCUUUCUCUAUCUUAAUA